AUGUUCAAAAUCAUCGCGCCGAUUCUGGCGCUCUUGGGCGCCAUCGUCUACCAGCUUGAGCUUCCGCGUAUGGUCCGCAUAUUCAUUGGCGUCGGGCACACUGCUGAACCACUGAGCUCCUUCCCGUACACUUGUCGCCGCAUAUACCACAAAGGCAUGGAGGCAUGUGAGGACAUGUGGCUAUCCCAGUCGACCCGGCAGCUAUUCCUAGCCUGUUCCGACCCGCUUGCGCGGGCACAAUGGAUGCCCAACAUGUUACACUUCAACGUGUCUGGACGCGGUCUGAAUGAUGCAAUCGUCGUGGUUGACAUAGAUGAAAUGUCGCCUGACAAGUUGAAACCCCGUGUGCUGGAGACACCUGGGUUCCCUGGGACGAACGGUGACGGUCGCUUGCACCUGGUAGGACUGACGGGCGUCGACGAUUCCGAUGGCAAUGUACGGCUCUGGGUGAUCAAUGCCAAGCCAUCCGUUGAUCCUAUGAGUGGGGAGUUCUCGGACAACUCCAAAGUCGGAGGCAACAGCACGGUCGAGCUGUUCCGCGCAGGCCCGUACGCAAGUAGUCUCGACCAUGUGAAGACUUUUGCGCACUCACAGAUUGCCACGCCAAACAAUGUUGCGCCUGUCGGUGAUCAGGGCAACUCCUUCUACUUCACGAAUGACCACGGCGUUACAAAGACUGGAAUAAUGGGCCAUCUUGCACCAGUACUUGGAGGUGGCGAUGUGUCGUUCUGCGAUGAUACAACCUGCAAAGAGGUGGCAAGGGGACUGAAGUUCCCGAAUGGCCUUGCCAAGGGCCACGACGGCUUGAUUUAUGUUCCCAGCUCUAUUCUCGGCGUCAUCGAUGUGUUUGAGCCCCAAUCUAACGGAAACCUAACAAAAGUUGAUCAGAUCGACGUUGGCUACUCCUUGGAUAACCUCGCCGUCGAUUCUGAUGGCGAGAUUUUCGCCGCCGUCAUUACAGACACAUUCAAGUUCUUUGCCGCGAACAAUGAUCCGUACGGCAAGGACGCACCCACCGCCGCGGUCCGGAUCCACAAAGGCCUCGACGGGCGAUACAAAGUUGCCAAGGUCAUUGAGGAUAGUCUGGCCGAGGUCCUACCAGCGAGCACUGCCGUCGUCCAUGACCCCAAGACUGGGAAACUUUUCUUUAGCGGUGUCUCCUCGCCCUUUGUUGGCGUUUGCGAACCCAAAUAG